CAACAACUACAACAUCGGGCAGCAAAUUUAGAACAUGGCAGAUCAUGUUGGAAAAAGUUGUGACACUAUCUACAGUGAUGACACGAAAUAUACUGCCGAUUCAGUCGAAAAGAAUCCUACAAAAAAUGUAUUUGCCUGCGCUACCUACCAGCUAGUACAGAAAGAGAAAUCCCUGACUGGUUUGGAUGAUGGAGACAAUCAAACAUACAGUGAAAAUUCCACCAGAAUCGGUUCGAUACGACUCUACAACAUUGAGCACCACGAUGAUUCAGAAGAACAAAAGAAGAAUGGUAAAAGCGUAGAAAGAACGUGUCAUAAUAUAAGAUUGACUGGAGUUGUUAACUCAAGUGGGAUUUUAGACAUGAAGUGGUCUGCAAAUGGCGAUUUUCUCUUCACCGCCAAUUCAAACGGUGGCCUUUCAAGGUACUUGUAUGAUAAAAGUGGUGAUCUUUUAUUGCAGGAAAGUUUUGUGAUUGACGAAUCAUUAAUCUGCAUGUCGUUAGAUGUGAUCGAAAGACGUGAUUCUAUGCAAUCAAAUUUGUUAUUAUCAAGUUUCACAUCGGGUAUGCUUGCAGUGGUGGAUGUUUGUACUUCCACUGUGACUGAAAAGUGGAAAGGACACGAUUAUGAUGCAUGGAUUGUAGCAAAAGAUGUAUGGUCUCAAAAUGUCAUUUACUCAGGAGGGGAUGAUUCCAAGUUUAAAACCUGGGACAUGAGAAUGAUAGAUGCGCCAGUGCAUACCUCCAAAGCACAUUCAAUGGGUGUUUGUAGCAUAGAGAGCUCCAAAACGAGAGAACAUGUUUUACUGAGUGGCAGUUAUGAUGAGCAUGUGUUAGUAUGGGAUACAAGAAACAGGAAAAUUCCAGUUUGUGAUAUAGAAACAGGAGGUGGUGUUUGGAGACUCAAAUGGCACCCAGAAUCUGAAAAUAUAUUUUUAGCAGCAUGUAUGCAUGAUGGAUUCAAAAUUUUUAAAACUUGUGACUUUUCUUCAUUUGUAUCAACACAUAGUUACAAAGAGCACCAGUCAUUAGCCUAUGGGUGUGCCUGGAUAACAUUCAAUGAUAAUAUUGGCGAUAUAAACAAUUCACUAGUUGCUACGUGUAGCUUUUAUGACAAUCUUUUGAAAGUUUGGAGACCAUUAAAUUUGGGCAACUAGUAGUCUUAGAAUUUUUCCUGAAUUUUUUAUUAAUAAUUGCAAUUUCUGUAUCAUUUAUAGCAUCUUAUAGCAUCUGUUAAAUUGAGAAGGGUAGGUAGUAAAUCUUGAAGAAGUAAAUCUUGCAAAAGAAAUGGAAUAAUUGAGAGGGCCGUGUAAUUUUUAUGACAAAUUUUGCAAAAACAAUUGGAGAAAAAAUUUAAUAAUUGCUUUAAAUGAUUUCCUAUUUCAAUAUGUUUGAUUGAAGUAUUGAAUCAGACUAAUUGAAUGCUAAUUAGAAAUCUUUGCAUCGCCUUUGUUUCUUUCAAUCUUCCCAGAUCCUCAAAUUUUAUUCAACUGUAGCGACCUGAUUUGCUGCAUUUGGUUGGAUAUUUGGUUGACUUUUUGAUGUAUUCGACUUGUCUGGAGCUGGAGCUCAACUUUUCUUGGAUUAUUUCUGAAAAUUAUUGUUUACCAGUCUGGUACUGAGUACUUGAUCCAGUUCCAAGGCUGCUACUCAUAGUUUCUGGCUUAAUGUAAUCAUUGGGACACUGUCAUCUCCAGGCAAUACAAUCAAUAGUUACUUCAUAUCGGGUUUUGACAAUUUUUUGGACAUUGUCAUGAAAGUACAUAUCAACUUUAUUGAUAUUUUAUGGGGAAAUUAUACUUUAAUUAACCAUAAGGUUUUGGACAUUCAUUUUAAGUUUGCUUGGCUAUAAAUUGAAUGAAGAUGACAUGAUGUCACUAUUCAUAACGAGGAAGAAGAAGAAAGGAUGGCAUAGAAAGGGAAAAAGUUACAAAGAAUUUUCUGAGUUCCUCAAAAAAUCAUCAAAAGAACACCAAAGUCCACUAAAUCAAAGAUUCACUUGAUGACCAUCAAUAAAGUUACACAGUGCCUGGAGUGUAAAUAAAAGAGGUUUCACUAAACAAUUCUAUUCUCCUCAACUUGUCCAAGUUAGCCUGUCUGCCGACUUUACAAAUAGAGGGAAUUGUUCUAUAAUUUCCUCUAUUUGUAAAGUCUGUAUGCAGGCUAGUUCAAGCAGGCUUUUAAGAACAGCACUGUUUCGGUCUUUAGAUAGCAUCUGUCUCACUGUUGCAGCACUGUCGCAAACUCUCCAGAAAUCAUUUGUCUAACAGAUACCUCAAGACCAAGGCUGACUGCAAUUACACAGGGACAAUGAUAUCAGGGGUGCUAAGGGGGCAUAGUUUUCCCAAAUGUACUAAAUAAAGCUAUUUGAUAAAUACAUAGGACUUAGCUUUUAACAGUUUUCGCCCCUUUCCUCUGAGAUAAAAAAGAUUAUUCAGCAACUUAUUUAAAACGAAUCAGCCCUUGUAGUGGUUGUAAAAAGGAACAUUAUACCCAUGGGAGAUUUCUAACAAAUUUUAAAAUUCAAAUGCCAGGGGCAUGCUGGGGGUGAGAUCGCAAAGAAAGUUCAAGAGUUUAGUGAGCCAUGGUUGCCGCCGAAGGGGAUAGCUUUUGAAUUUUGAUGCUUCCAGUUUGCUGGAAAAUGCACUUUUUGAAGCACUUUUUCAAUAACGCAAGCUUUCUCUUCAGUAAAUAUCCACAGGCUGAAAGCUACUUGAUGGUUUACAUUGAUUUUCUGGUGUCGUUGUUAAAUAUUUUAGCUUAUGUAACACAAUUUUCUUCAGAUUGGGACAUAAUCUCGCAGCUUUUUCUCCCUAGAAUUUCUUUUCAUUAAAAACUCCUUGCACCCUCUCUGGCUAAUCUGAACUUUUACCGCCAAGCAAAAAUUAUUGACGGGUUCCUCAAAAACACCCUCACACCCUACCUCUAUUCGCCCGUAGUAACUGUUUUGUGCAAAAAUAAUUUAGAUUUAGCGUGAGAUCUUGAGAUGGUGUUUAACAAUCGUGGUUCAGCGCAUCAAAGUUAGUAAGAAAAAAGAAGUGGUAUGUUGCAAGGUGAUGUGAUUCUUGUUCUUUUUCAAGCUAUUUAUCGCAGAUUGUUAUACAGUGUCCGUCAUUAGUCUUCAGCGCCCCUAUAACGUGAAAAUUUAUUUUGGCGCCCCUGGUAUUUGAUCGGCAGGGGGGAAUUUCCCCCUUGUCCCCCUUGCCUGCCAGCACGCCAGUGCAAAAAGGGUGCUGUUGCUCAUAACUACACCCAUAUUUUCAUAGAUGCAAAUACAAUAGCCAAACUGUAUAGGCAAUUCUCAAUAACCAUGGAAACUUGCAAGAUAUCAUAGUAUCAAAACUAGAAAACAAUACACGAUAAGGCAAGCAUCGGACAUUUCAUUAUAGCUUUACGAUCGUCAUGAAAAAUCUUUGAGAAUAAGCAUAGACCAUUAAAGGAAAAGAAAAACUUUGAAAAGCAAGAUCAAUGCAGAAUUUGUC